AUGGUCGGUGACGCUCGCCGCAAGGGCGGCUCCUACUCGGACAACCCCAACACCGCCCGCACUCGCCGUUACCUGAAGAACCAGACUCCUGAGCAGAGAGCGCUCAAGUCCAAGGUAUUCUCGGAGUACCGUGCCUUCCGUACCACCUGCAUCAAGCGCUCCAGCAUGUCUGACUACAUCUAUGAGCGAUCUCGUGACGUCAAGCUCAAGAUGUUGUCGGACGCCGUCAACACCCUCAUCGCCAACCGCGCUGCCCGCAACAUUGACUACUUUGGCACCCACGUUGAGGAGUUCAUUACGCGCUUCCACGACAAGGCGUUCCUCAAGAGCAUUGGCAAGGCCAAUGCUGUCCUCCCCACCAGCGGGGAGGACUCGCCCAUGGAGGGCUACGCUGCGGCGCCCAACAGCACUGCCGGCAUCGCCAACCCCGGCCAGCUCCAGCACUCUGAGCAAGAAGGCCCCAACAACGUCGAUGCUCAGGGUGAGCACGUCUCUGAGGAGAUGCUUGCCAUCUCUGAGUUCCUUGACAGACAGGCCAAGGCUCAGAAGGAGACUUGCGACGGCCUGGCUCUCCUCUUGAACAGCGUCGGCUUCUAA